AUGGAACGAGAAAUUCCUGAAGUCGAAAAUGCCUUGGAGAAGCUCUCGCGCAACAAGGCCAAUGACGAAGCGACCAGACUCCUGGCCGAAGCAAGCAAAUCCUCCCCGUCCGUUCGAGGCAGACUAGCAGAGCCAGAAGCACUACGAAUCCUCAUCCAAAUCGUGGAAUGCAAUCUCGGCACUUCUUCAUCAGAAAAUCUAGAUCAAGCACUCCGUUGUAUCGGGAAUGCAUGCGCGGACAACGACGCAGCGCGAGAAGCAAUCAUUCCACUAGGAUUCAACUGGGCAAUCCGAGCCCUCGGCGGAAAAACCAACAACGCAACGAGACUCCUCACGACGAAAGUCCUGUUUAAUAUUUGUCACGAACACGUGCCCUCGCAACAGCAAUGCUAUCGGGAGAGAGUACACUAUGCUCUCAUUCCCUUUCUGGGAACCGAGUUUGCAAUUGGAAAUGUAGAUGAGAAUGCUAGUCCCGCGAUCGAUCUGCUCUUCUGGAUAUCUGGGCAUAAAGCGGAACUGGAAGCGAAUCUAUCUGAGCGACCUCCGGAGGAAAUUGAGGGGCUGCUGCUCCUUCUUCCGGGUUUCUAUGCAGAGACCGCGGAUGUGGACAAUUAUGGUUGCAUUCUGGAGGCCAUGCUUGUUUUCUUGCGAGAUUCCUUGGUGCAGGAGAGUAUGUCGGCAGGUGUGCCGCAGCUUUUGCAGAUUCUGCGGAUCACGGAUGAGAAAUCGAGGCAGGCAGGAGAUCCAGAAGACAAGAAGAUUCUGGAUCCGCUGUGUACGAGUGUGAUCUGGUGUUUGUCAGAUAUCGCUGCGCAGCCUGAAUUCGCGGAGCUUGCGCGCGGGAGCAUGCUGAUUCAGAUUCUCGUGGACGAGAUCAAGACACAUGCCCACAUCGAUUCUACUGGAGCUGAUGUGGCAAAUAAGACAAUGUUGACGGGCUCGUGCGAGGUCUUGGGUAAUGUUCUCUGGAAGAGCGAGCCGGAGGAUUAUGCUUGCCUCGUAGUGGAGUAUAGCCUUGAUGAUGUGCUCUUCUCGGCCAUCACUCGGGUUGUGGACGGACCUUCAAAUGCUCCAGCUUUGCACUCGAUGGCAGGUGUGCUCAUUCAUCUGAGUCGAUCUUCCGUGCCAGUGAGGGAGCAUAUGGGCUCUCGGCAAGAUACACUACCUUCGCUCCAGCGCCUGUGUCGACACGAAAUGUCUCAGAUCAAACAGGAUGGCGUCAAGCUCCUUCGAGCACUGGGAAGGGACUGUGCAGCGAAUCAGGAGCAAUUCGGAGACCUCGCGAAAGAGGCCAUGCUUUCAUUGAGUGAAAGCAAUGGUACGGCAGAGGCGCAUGCGCCAAAUUGA